GUCGGGCGAACAGGUCGGUGCUGCGGGGCGGUGCGUGCGCACCAAUCAGUGAGGUGCUAAUGGUGCUGUGCUUGGUGUGCACCUUAGGGACGUGUAUUGAUACCGAUGGUGACAACGCUAACUUGCACAAGAAACGUAUUAAUGUCUGGAAUAUUGAGCAUGAAGAUGGAGGACCUGAGGAGAAUUUACGUGUGCUUGUUAAACGAGAAGCAGAAGAUUACGACAGUUUUGCACGGGCGCAGCUCAGCAAGUUUGACGACAACCUCGGGGCGUGCAGUCGUGUUGGUGACGUGUGUGGCUCCGACGGCCGUACGUACAUGAACGAGUGCGACUUAGCUUUCGUCUCGCUGACGUACGAGCUGCCCAUCGUCAUGCUGCACUCCGGCCGCUGUAACCCGCAAGACUUCCGCAACACUGAGCACACUUCACCUGCGUCUCCCUCCCGCCACCACCACCUGAGCACACUCCAGAAGCUCUCAAGUCUGCGGUGGGCGCCCCACCACUCGCUGCUGCAGGUGCUGCACACUGAGCCCUCGCCCCACCUGCGGGGCUCGCCCACACAGCUACACCCGCAGGCUCUGCAGGAUCCUAAGUACAGAGCUCUGCUGCAAGCUGGUCCUGCCACCAACCGCUUCAACUAUUGCUGGAAUACGAACUUUAGAACCAUUGGUGAAUGCAGCUACUCCAUGGAAUGCCCAGCCGCUGCACCAGAAUUCAUCAAAGGUUCCGUCGCACAGGGCUCAACCCGCAUGUCCACAGGCUCUGAUCCUCAUAAGUUCGCAUAUCGAGUUGCUCACAGUCCCCUUGACCGGUCAUCCAGAAACUCGAUAGUUCCUUCACAAGCUUCGAAUUUCUACUCAAACUCGGGCAAAUUCGGUAGUUCCUUCAGAGUUUCUAAUGACGCUGCCCCUGGCUGGUCAUCCAGAAACUCGAUAGUUCCUUCACAAGCUUCGAAUUUCCCCUCAAACUCGGGCAAAUUCCCUAGUUCCUUCAGAGUUUCCAAUGACGCCAUCCAUGGACGGUCGUCGAGCAAUAUGAUUGAUCCCCUGAAAGUUCUUAACUCGUACCCUAACCCUGGAGUUUCUGUGGGCCCAGCAAGCGGGUAUCACGUGGCACCUACUCCAGGUUCGAUCUCCACGCUUCACGACUUCACGGCUCCCCUGCCUAAGUAUAUGCCUACUGGAUGCGCUUACGUCUAUGAUGACAACUUGUACCUCAGAGAUUGCUGCCUCCCCGCUGAUCCUCGGUCACUGAACUCGUCUUCAGCAAAUCGCUAUAAAGACAUUAAUUCAAAUGGAAUUAAUUAUGACGACAUGUACGCUGGACCAAGUGAAUCGGACUUUAAUUAUUGGGGCGCUGCCAGACGUGGCCCCAAUCACGAGGGACAAACCCCAAUUUCGGCUGGGUACACUCCUGGUUUGUCAGUACCUGAGGUUAUUUUAUACGCAGCUGAGGAUCACGACGGCGUUUUGGACCGCAGUCACGUGAUGAGUCGUCCCGCGUAUGACGAGCGACUCGACGGCAAUCUCUUUCAGUCAGGUCUCUUCGACGACAGCAGGUCGUCCCAUCCAGUGGCUUCUGAAGGCAGUGACAAGAAAUCCUCCGUACACUUCAGGGGAAGCUGGGAAAACCUGCGUGACUGGCCUCCGCCUAUCCCUACUCACCCUCCUAGCCACACUAACAAACCUUGGUGGGUGACAACAACCCUUCCUCCUCAGCGUACAACGGAACCGUCGUGGCCUCAGCCAACUCCUGAUACACCAACAACAACCAGUCCUUGGUGGACACCACCAAGCACCCCGCCACCUUUUGUUAACCCUUGGUGGCCUCAACAAACCCCAGUGGUUACACCCCCAACUACCUCGUCUUGGUGGUUGCCGCAACACCAGCCCGCGGGUCCAUUCCAGUGGUGGACACCAGAGCCUCCAAUUCCUGCCGCUCCAACCACGACGACCACUUCCCCGUCGCCCUCAACAACGCCACCCCAGACCAGCGACCCAGGCACCUUCCAGUCCGCCUGCAGUGCCAGCUAUUCUCCAGGCAGUUUCAGGGCACAUGACUUCAAUAGCAUUGCUGAAGAUGGAGUGCAUGAAGAUGUCAUCGAUCGAGACAGGAUAAACGCUCACUUGGGUAUAAACAGGAUUAAGCAUCACGGAAGUGAAUACAUGUCGCCGAGUUACAGAAAUAUCAGGAUCGGGAACAGCGAUUCCAAAUUACCAUAUACGUACGGUAUUGGGAGAAGAAUGACCUACGACGUCAGUGAUCCCAAGACGAUUUACCCAAGCAACACGUACUAUGAUCGCGCCAAUGAGCAGAACAGAGUCCCGUUGGUGCAGAAGUCGCCCGAACAAGGCCAACAAGUUCCUAAUGCUAACGAGGACGGUAGAGUUGUGGGGGGAAAGCCCGCUGCUCCCCACGCGUACCCUUGGCUGGCAGUUCUAUUCAACGGUCCCAAGCAGUUCUGCGGAGGCUCACUGAUAGACUCUACACACGUGCUCACGGCCGCCCACUGCGUUGCUACGCUGGGACAAGCAGAGCUGUCCCGGCUGCGUAUCGUGCUGGGAGCGCACAACAUUUUUCAGCGCGAAAGCUCGUCUCAAAGUUUCAGUGCCAAGAAGGUCGUGCGGCACAGAAACUACGAUCCUGUCAGGCUGAUGAACGACGUUGCGGUGAUCACGCUGGAUCAGCCUGCCGAGAUCACGCAGUUCGUGCGUCCCAUCUGCCUCAACUCUAACCCUGUGCCUCUCGAGGAAAGCAUAGGCACAGUCGCAGGCUGGGGGUCGCUUUUCGAAGGUGGACCACAACAAGGCAGCUUGUGGGAAGUGAAGCUCCAGUUCUGGAACAACAACAACUGUGCUCAGAAGUAUGGCCCCGCGGCGCCUGGCGGUAUCGUGCCUUCCUACCUCUGUGCCGGCAGGGGCGGCAAAGACUCCUGCUCAGGCGACAGCGGAGGUCCGAUAGUGCGGCGCAUCGAUGGCGUGUGGACGCAGGUUGGACUUGUGUCCUGGGGCAUCGGGUGUGGCAAGGGCGAGUAUCCUGGCGUGUACAGCAGGAUGACUCACUUCCUGCCUUGGAUCACUGACGUCGUCAAUAAGUUCUAGGUCAUGAUGACUCACUUUCUGCCCUGGAUCACUGUCAUCUUUGACAUUGUAAAUUAAAAUCUAAUCUGUGCGGUGGCAUAAAAAUCUGUGUGAAACAAUUUACAGAUGACAAUUAUGUUACAAAAAUAUUGUUUGGGUUUUCAUCGAGGCAAAGCUAUAAACUAUUUGAUGUUUAAUUCUUCAAAUAAGGAAUAAAUUAUUUUCUUGGAACUGCUUAGCCCAGCGUGACGUGCUUUUCCGCACGAAACGCAAUUAUCAAAAUUUUAAAAGAUUCAAACAUUGUCGAACGAACGUUAACAUUAAAGCAAAUAGACUCUUGAAACAAUUGUAUUAAAUAGUUUGAAGGUAUACUUGUAGUUUUGUAACAGUAGUAAUUGCGAGUUUAGACAUUUUUUAUUACUCUUCUAGACAAGAGAAAGUUAAUGCAAGGAAGCUUCCCACAUAUCAUUUUUGUAACUUUUAAGUGAUCGUCUUAUGUUCCCUUGGCGUAGCUUAUCACUUCAAGCACAAAUAGAACAAUCGAAAUUAUUAAGAUAUGAACCCAGAUAUACGAGCUCCGUUAGUCAUCCAAAAAAAAUCAAAACACGUGCAGUUUGUUAACAAGUUUCAAACAUGUUAUUGAUAUUUAAUAUUCACACCAUCCGGAAUUUAUUUCGUAUAAGCUUAGAAGCUAGAGCAAAAAAUAAAAAUAUAUUUUCGUGACUUGAGUCGAUGCGUGCGAUGUGAAUAUUAUCAUUUUACUCGAUGCAUUUUUUAAUAAAGAAUAUAAUAUUAGCAUAAUAUUCGUGAUUGAAGCAUUGGGCAUUGAAUGCUAAGGAGUUAUUGUAACCUCGUAGCAUGAGCAUAAUUAUUUAUGAUUAUUCGGUAAAUUAAAUUUAGUCACUGAAGUAGAAUUAGAGUU